AAUUACAGAUCCCCCCUCCCCUUCCUUUCUCUAUAUCUCUCUCAUCAUAUCACCAGAAGAGACAGACUUCAAAUUCCGUUACGGGUUUUUUUUUCAAAAUCCAAAACCCUAGAGGAUUUUAAUCGAAUGCUCCAAACAAUUCAAAUCCAACUGUGUUUCCUUCUUAACAUUCUCUCUGUUUGGGGAGAGGUAUAACAAUGGGUAUUUGCACCUCAAAGCCCUCCCCAAACUCCACUCUCUCCUCCCCUGUCGCUAUACAAGCCAAGGACAACUCUAUCCCUACCAAUGAGACAGCUAAACCGGAUCCAACCACCGCAAGUCUUAACGAUCACACCAAGAAAACCACGGUAGAACCCGUUAAAAAAUCUCCGUUGUUUCCUUUUUACAGUCCAAGUCCGGCUCACCGCUUUUUUUCCAAGAAGCCUUCGCCGGCGAGAUCUCCGGCGAGGAAUGCGGCCAGUGCGAACUCAACGCCGAAGAGGUUUUUUAAACGUCCGUUCCCGCCGCCGUCUCCGGCGAAGCAUAUACGAGCAGUGCUUGCGAGGCGGCAUGGAUCAGUUAAGCCGAACGAGGCGGCGAUACCGGAGGGAAGCGAGGCGGGUGGGGAAGGGUUAGAUAAGAGCUUUGGCUUCUCUAAGCAUUUUGGAAGCAAUUAUGAGCUUGGGGAUGAAGUAGGGCGAGGACAUUUUGGGUAUACUUGUCAAGCUAAGUUUAAAAAAGGUGAACUCAAAGGACAACAGGUUGCUGUUAAAGUAAUCCCUAAAGCAAAGAUGACUACAGCAAUUGCCAUUGAGGAUGUGAGAAGGGAGGUUAACAUACUGAGAGCAUUGAACGGGCAUAACAAUUUAGUACAGUUUUAUGAUGCCUAUGAAGACCAUGAUAAUGUCUAUAUAGUAAUGGAGUUAUGUGAAGGAGGAGAACUCUUGGAUAGAAUUCUUGCAAGGGGUGGAAAAUAUGCAGAAGACGACGCAAAGGCUGUCGUGAUACAGAUAUUAAAUGUUGUUGCAUUUUUCCAUCUUCAGGGUGUGGUACACCGGGAUCUUAAACCUGAGAAUUUCUUGUUCAAAUCAAAGGAUGAAAACUCCCAGUUGAAGGCCAUAGAUUUUGGUUUGUCAGAUUUUGUAAAGCCAGAUGAAAGGUUGAACGACAUUGUUGGUAGCGCGUACUAUGUAGCACCAGAAGUUCUACAUAGAUCUUAUGGUACAGAGGCUGAUGUCUGGAGUAUUGGUGUGAUUGCAUAUAUUUUGUUGUGUGGAAGUCGGCCAUUUUGGGCCAGGACUGAGUCUGGGAUCUUCCACGCUGUUCUAAAAGCUGAUCCAAGUUUUGAUGAGACUCCUUGGCCUUCUCUUUCUCCCGAGUCAAAGGACUUUGUCAAACAACUGUUAAAUAAAGAUCCACGAAAAAGAUUGACUGCUGCCCAAGCACUAAGUCAUCCCUGGAUUAAAAAUUCUAAUGAUCUUAAAGUGCCUCUGGAUAUACACAUUUUCAAACUCAUGAAGGCUUAUAUGCGAUCAACAUCUCUUCGAAAAGCUGCUUUAAGGGCUCUAUCUAAAACGUUGACUGUGGAUGAGCUGUUUUAUUUGAAGGAGCAGUUUGCGCUCUUAGAACCAAACAAAAAUGAUGCAAUAAGCUUAGAAAAUAUCAAAGCGGCCUUGAUGAAAAAUGGUACAGAUGCAAUGAAGGACUCACACAUUCCUGAUUUUAUAGCAUCACUCAAUGCACUUCAAUACAGAAGGAUGGAUUUUGAGGAAUUUUGUGCGGCUGCAUUAAGUGUCCAUCAGCUAGAGGCCCUUGAUCUAUGGGAGCAACGUGCCCGUUCCGCUUAUGAACUGUUUGAGAAGGAUGGGAACAGGGCCAUUGUCAUCGAGGAGCUUGCAUCGGAACUUGGCCUUGGCCCUUCUGUUCCUCUUCAUGCUGUUCUACAUGAUUGGAUUCGGCACACCGAUGGGAAGUUGAGUUUCCUUGGCUUUGUCAAAUUGUUGCGUGGGGCAUCUAGCAGGAUUCUUGCCAAAGCUCAGUAGAAGUUUUGAAGCUGAUUUAGAUGCUCCAAGAGGGAGGUGGCUGUACCCUGAAGCAAGCGAAUUAAAAAGAAAAAGGGUGAGAGGCACCAAAAAUACCAAUCCCAGAACUGGAUAUAAAGGUAUAUUCGCCCUCCAAUUUAUGGGACGGGAGAGAUUAAAGUUGAUAUCACUUUAUUUUUGCGGCACAACCUUGUAUACUAAUAGAAUGGGAAUGCUUGUGCUAGUUUAGCCAAAUGUAGCAUGCGCAUUCAAAAUCUCCACUGUAAAGCUGUAGUUAAGAAUUUAGUUGCAGGUGAAUAUUUCUUGAAUUUGUUAGGAGAUACUUGAUGUUCUGACAUUUUGGACUAGCCUCUGUUCAUGAUUGAAUUGUAUCAUUUCUACGUUCAUGCUUUCUAGUUUAUUUGUGCAAA